UUUUGCUGCCACCAUCAGAGAUAUCCUUAACUGAAAAAAUUGUGAAAGUUUAUAGGAAAUGGAUACUACAUGAAAAACCUGUCUUCAUGCAAGAACCAGAUGCAAAGGAGACUAUUCAAGAUGAUGAUGUCAUCACAGAACACUCAACAGAAGAGACGAAUGGCAAACAUCUUGUGUCUGGACAUAAAAGAUCCUCAAGUUGGGGAAGAAGUUAUUCCUUCUCUAAUGCUGUUACCAGAGGAUGCUUAUUAGAAGAUGAAAACCAGAAUGUUAAAGCAGGUCUUCAAGCUACACUGCAGGUAUUUUUGACAAACUCUGCAAACAUAUUUUUAUUGGAACCAUGCAGUGAAGCCCCUGAACUUCUUAAAGAGCAGAUAAAUUCUUGCAGAGCAGUUUUGAGUAUAUAUAGGCGCAUGAUAAUGGAAGUUCCAAUGAAUAAAAAGACCUGGGAGCAUAUGUUACAAAUGCUUCUUAGCAUAACAGAGGCUGUCAUGAGCAACUCCAAAGAAGAUCAAAUAAAGGAUGCAUUUGGUCAAAGUUUAGCGGGUUCACUAUUUCGGACUCUCAUUGUGGCUUGGAUCCGGGCAAAUUUGAGUGUUUAUAUUUCUCGUGAGCUCUGGGACGAGUUGCUACGUGUGCUAUCAUCUCUUACAGAUUGGGAAGAACUAAUAAUAGAAUGGGCUAAUAUAAUGGAUUCUCUAACAUCUGUUUUAGCAAGGACAGUAUACGGUGUUGAAAUGACCAACUUGCCACUAGAUAAGCUAAGUGAACAAAAAGAGAAAAUACAAAAAGGAAGAGGUGGCAUUUUGGACUCUCAAAAAGGAGCUGCAGUUGGAAGAUCGUUUUCUUUGAGCUGGAGAGAUCAUCCUGAUGUUGCAGAACCAAUGAGAUUUAGGAGCGCUACCACCUCAGGAGUACCAGGAAUUGAGAAAGCAAGGAAUACAGUGCGUCAGAGGACAACAGAAAGUGAACAACAUGAUCUAUCAGAAAAUGGAUCAGGAAUUGUGAAUCAGCAACCGGUAAACUUAUUGGGAACAGAAUAUAACAGUCCUUUUUCAGACCUGGAUCAAUUAACUCGAAGCAGUAGUACCUCUGAUAUUAGAGAUCAAUGCAGUUCUGAUAUUUUCCAAGUUAGAAAAACAGAGAGUUCACAAAAUUUAACUUCAGGAUCCAGAUCUGUUCAAAAAAAUAAGGAGACCAUGAAUAAGGAAAGUACACUACAAGAAGCAAGCAACAUUGCAUCUGAAUUAAAUCUUAAGACAGACGUACCCCAGUUACAUGGAAAUCAGAAAGAGAAAGAAAAGUGUGAAAGUAUUAGCAGUGAUACUUCUAUUGGAUACAGUAAUGAAAUGGGCAUGAGUUUGGCUUCCUGGCAAACAUGUGAAGAAAAUAAUGAUAUCUCCAUGCAUGCAGACAUUUCUGACGAUCCAGAUGCCCAUCAGUGGUUGGUUACCAAUUUCUCAGACAGCAAUGAAUUCCUUGCUGAUGAUUGUAGCAUAAUUGCUGGUGGCACUCUUACUGGAUGGCAUCCUGACUCUGCAGCUGUACUAUGGAGAAGAACAUUAGGAAUUCUUGGAGAUGUAAACGAUAUCCAGUCUCCUAAAAUACAUGCCAGAGUUGUUGAAUAUCUCUUUGAGUUAUGGCACAAAUUAGCAAAGAUAAGAGACAAUCUAGCAGUAAGUCUGGAUAACCAGUCUACUCCAUCCCCUCCUGUUUUAAUUCCACCACUUAGAAUAUUUGCAUCAUGGUUGUUCAAGGCUACAACUUUACCCGAUGAAUAUAAAGAAGGAAAGAUUCAUGCCUACAAACUGAUAUGUGCUAUGAUGACAAGACGUCAAGACUUUAUGCCAAAUCCUGACUAUCUGGUGCAUUUUUAUCUUAUCAUGCACAUUGGCUUAAAUAAUAAAGAUCAGAAUGUUUUGAACACUAUCAUCAAACACUGCUCCCCAUUCUUUUUCUUCUUGGGCUUACCCGGCUUUACACUGCUAAUAAGAGACUUCAUAACAGCGGCAACUAGAGUUCUGAGUACAAAUAUGUUAGAGGCUCCUCGCGUAGAAGCAAAUACUAUUCUUGGCUCUCUGAUUUGCUUCCCUAACCUUUACCAAAACAUCUCAUUGUUAUCAUCUGUUACUGAAGCAGAAAUAACAACAGGAACUGCAGAUGUCAAGUGUUGCCUCAUAAAUAUUCUUUUAAAGAAUGCCACAGAGGAACCAAGUGAAGCUUCAAGAUAUUUAGCCCUUUGCUGUCUUGGGAUUUGGAUAUGUGAAGAACUUGUACACUGUACCAACCAUCCUCAAGUAAAAGAUGCAAUAAAUGUUUGUGGUGUGACACUAAAGUUUUCUAACAAGCAGAUUGCACAAGCAGCCUGUGAUAACUUUCAAUUAUUGACAUCUUACUGGAAAAAACUGCAGAAAUACAACAGUUCUCUACCCCAAAAAAUUAUUGAAGUCCUUGUUGCCACUAUUGCAUCUCUAUUACCAAGUGCAGAAUACUCUUCUGUGGAAAGUGAUAAAAAGUUUAUAGUCUCAUUGUUACUUUGUUUAUUGGAUUGGUGCAUGACAUUGCCAGUGAAGACACUGUUGGAGCCUGUAUUUACUUCCAGUUUUGAAAAUCAAUAUUCUUCUAAUACUCCAUUACUUGAUUAUAUUUAUAGGAUCCUGAACUGUUGUGUUUAUGGUUCAAGCCUGUACACACAGCAAAGCCAUUAUCUUUUAAGUUUGGCUGACCUCUCCAGUGACAGCUACGAUCCAUUUAUGCCCCUAGGAAAUGUUAGGAAUUCUAAAGUGAUUCUGGUUCAGUCUUCUGCAGACCUGAAUAAUUUGCUCACUGUUGCUGAAGAAAUGAAGCGGAGGAGCUUGGAGUUAAUACCACUGACAGCACGAAUGAUUAUGGCACAUCUAGUUAACAAUUUGGGCCAUUAUCCUCUGACGGAAGGACCUGCUGUUCUGCAUAGUCUUGUUAGUGAAAAUCACAACAAUUCUUGUAUGGAAUCUUCUGAACUCUCACCUGAAGUCUUCCAAAGCCCCAAUUUACAGAUCUUUGAAUUUAAUGACAACGCUGUCAUUUCCUACCUCCAGAUUCCUUCAAAAAGGGGGAUGGAUGAUGAAUUGGAAGAAUCUUUCUCAGAAGUUAGAGUAAUUGUUAGGGAUAUUUCUGGAAAAUAUUCAUGGGAUGGACAAUUGAUGUAUGGACCAUUAGCUGCUUGUUCAGUAGAUCAGAUGAACAGAAAAUUCUCUGUGGUUAUGGAAAAAAAUAAGCAGAACUUUGAGUCCCCAACUGAUUUCAUUCAGAUGGAAGAUGGAGAAGAUGCUCUUGAUAGAUUACUAGAAAAGAUUGGCAGUAGUAGUCCUGAGUGUCUUUUACAUCCACAAGUAAAAUUAAAUGAGCCAUCCCCAUCCCCAUCUAUCAUGAAUCAUGCCCAAGCUAAUGAUAUCAUUGAAGCAAUAAUGCGGCAGAGUUUCAUAGAAAAUGAAUAUGCCCAUGGAUACCCUCUGAAUACAAAGAGCGAAAAUCAGAAGAUGCCAAGAUCUGCUGUGCCACAGUCACCAUUUCAUUUAUGUAGGCUUUUUCUAAAUGCCUUAGGAAUGAAUUCUUGGGAAAAAAGAAAAAGUUUUAAUGUUUUGAAGAAAAAUUCUAAGUUGUUGAGGGAGCUGAAAAAUUUAGACUCUAGACAAUGUCGUGAAACUCACAAGAUUGCAGUAGUUUACAUUGCUGAAGGACAGGAAGAUAAAUGCUCAAUAUUGUCCAAUCCACAAGGAAGCCAAGCAUAUGAAGAUUUUAUUGCUGGAUUGGGUUGGGAGGUUGAUCUUUCAACUCACUGUGGAUUUAUGGGUGGCCUUCAACGUAAUGGUAGCACAGGACAAACAGCCCCAUAUUAUGCUACUUCAAGUGUAGAAGUAAUUUUUCAUGUAUCUACACGAAUGCCAUCUGACUCAGAUGACUCAUUGACCAAAAAGCUUCGUCACUUGGGAAAUGAUGAAGUUCAUGUUAUCUGGUCUGAACACACCAGAAAUUAUCGCAGGGGCAUUAUACCAACAGAUUUUGGUGAUGCUUUAAUUAUUAUUUAUCCAAUGAGGAAUCGUAUGUUCUACAUUGAGAUUAUGAAGAAAUCACAGGUCCCAUUUUUUGGUCCUUUGUUUAAUGGAGCAAUUGUGACUGCAAAACUGUUGCCAAAUCUUAUACGGGCCACAUGUAUCAAUGCCAGCAGAGCUGUGAAAUCUCUCAUAACUCUUUAUCAGAGCUUUUAUGAGGAAAGAGCAAUAUAUCUUGAUGAAAUAAUCCGGAAUCAUAAAGAACUAUUGUCAUUUGAAGAUUUUGCUGCUCAGGUUUUCUCUCCCUCUCCCAGUUACUCCCGUAAUGGAUGUGAUUAAAAUAUGUAAUGAUCUCGUUACGGUAAUUGAGAAAGACAUUACUACAUAUUUGAUGAUUUUGCUGUACCUGUAAGGACCAAAUAAACAAAGCAGAUUUCACCAAUACCAGCAACUGUCAAAAAAACCGUUUCUGGGAAGUUGUACUCAUAGACCAAUACUUUCAGUAAAUCUUCAAGAUAUAAACAUUUUGGAAAUUUAAAAUAAUUGAAGAAAUCUACAUGCUCAUCUGCUCUAUCUUUCCAGGUGGUAAUUUUGAAGACUGCAUAAUGAAGGGUUUUUUAAUUUUCUGUUUUUGCUAUGAAAGCAUUAUUCCUUAAAUUUCAAAGUUAAUUUUUUCAUAUUUUCCUAUAUUAUUUCCUGGAGCUCACUUAAUAACUUGCUGCUAUGAAAGAUUGAACUCCCUCUUUCUGUGCUAAAAUACUUGCUUUAUCUAAUUUUAGUUUGCUGUUUUGUAUGUCAUCUGAAGGAGGAAUCAGAAAAGUCACUGAAAGUCUUUCCCUCUCAAAAAUCUCUUAAAUGUAACAUUAAUAAUCUCAGUGUAAAGGUAAAGCUGACAAGCUCAGCAUCUUUAACUGCUGAGCCAUUUGUGUCCUGGAAUCUUAGUGUGGUUUAAAAUUUACUGGAAGAAAAUAGUGUUUUAUUUCGUAGAUAGAUGGAGAGCCACAUUUAGCCAAAAUGAAGGACUUUUGACUAGUAAUUUCCUUUUUAUAUUAAAUAAAAAAAUGUUGUAUAGUACAAAUUAUAUAGAAUAUAGAUGAAAAGUGAUUAUGCCUUUACCAUAUCUUUUCCAAUAUACCAUCAUUUUAUAUUACCUAUUUCCAAAGUUUAUUGUUGUGCACAUAACCAAGAAUGCCUAUUUAACAAUCAAUAGCACUUUUAAAUAUUUAUAUAGUUAAAUAAAAUACAACAGUAGUAAAACAUUUUAAAUUGCCUGAUAAAAUACAAUUUCAUAUGCAAGAUGUAUAGUGUGAACCUAUGGCAUUUAAACCUUACAGUGAGUAGUUAAGUGGCUCGUGCCAAUUCAAAGUUCCUAUUUUCUGGUUGUUCUGUUUGACAAAAC